AAAUGAGAUGUUUUUAAGACCAACGUAAUUAACAAUCGGCCGGAUAACUUGGCUUCUGUCCAGCACGAUCCAAGUUUUGAGAUCAUGUGAUUGCCUGGGAUUAAGCCUGGUAUUUUACCGGCGGGCCACUGUGGGACAGAACGUCGUCGCCAUUUCCGGUCCCUAGACCAUAGCAUAAACGUCACUUCCUUAGCAAUGCACUUUAACCCAUUUCACGCACGCCCUCUACAUUACACUUUACGACACAAUCUUUGUGAAAUUUUUGUUUUUUCUCUGAUUUCAUCGCAAGAAAGUUAAUGUUAAAACGAUUCGCAAAAAUACAGGUCCUCGAAAUGCAGCACGCCUGCCUCGGGGCGGCAGGGCGGAGCUCGAGGUCACGUGACUGUCUAGGCCCGCCCCCUUCUGCAGCUGAAGACUUCCCCUCCCGCAGUGACAGAGCCUCUGGUCCGUGAUCCGUACUGUUUCUGCACCUCGCGCCCCGGUAGGUAAAUUAACAUGAUGGAUUUCUCCAAGCUACCCAAAAUACUUGAUGAAGAUAAAGAAAGCACGUUUGGUUAUGUGCAUGGGGUCUCAGGACCUGUGGUUACAGCCUGUGACAUGGCAGGUGCAGCCAUGUAUGAGCUGGUGAGAGUGGGCCACAGUGAGCUGGUUGGAGAGAUUAUCCGAUUGGAGGGUGACAUGGCUACUAUCCAGGUGUAUGAAGAGACUUCUGGUGUAUCUGUUGGCGAUCCUGUACUCCGCACUGGUAAACCCCUCUCAGUAGAGCUCGGGCCUGGCAUCAUGGGCGCCAUUUUUGAUGGUAUUCAGAGACCUUUGUCAGAUAUCAGCAGUCAGACUCAAAGUAUCUACAUUCCCAGAGGAGUAAAUGUGUCCGCUCUUAGCAGAGAUGUCAAAUGGGAUUUUACACCUUGCAAAAACCUACGGGUUGGUAGUCACAUCACUGGUGGAGAUAUUUAUGGAAUUGUCAAUGAGAACUCACUCAUCAAACACAAAAUCAUGUUACCCCCACGAAACAGAGGAACUGUAACUUACAUUGCUCCACCUGGAAAUUAUGAUACCUCAGAUGUUGUCUUGGAGCUUGAAUUUGAAGGUAUAAAGGAAAAGUUUAGCAUGGUCCAGGUAUGGCCUGUACGUCAAGUUCGGCCUGUCACUGAGAAGCUGCCGGCUAAUCAUCCCUUAUUGACUGGCCAGAGGGUCCUUGAUGCCCUUUUUCCAUGUGUACAGGGAGGAACUACUGCAAUCCCAGGGGCUUUUGGCUGUGGAAAGACAGUGAUUUCACAGUCUCUAUCCAAGUAUUCCAACAGUGAUGUGAUCAUCUAUGUAGGAUGUGGUGAACGAGGAAAUGAGAUGUCCGAAGUCCUCCGGGACUUCCCAGAGCUCACGAUGGAAGUUGAUGGUAAGGUGGAAUCAAUUAUGAAGAGGACAGCCUUGGUAGCCAAUACCUCCAAUAUGCCUGUUGCUGCUAGAGAAGCUUCUAUUUAUACUGGAAUUACACUGUCAGAAUAUUUCCGUGACAUGGGUUAUCAUGUCAGUAUGAUGGCUGACUCUACCUCUAGAUGGGCAGAGGCUCUUAGAGAAAUCUCUGGCCGCUUAGCUGAAAUGCCUGCAGAUAGUGGAUAUCCUGCAUAUCUUGGUGCCCGUCUGGCCUCUUUCUAUGAGCGAGCAGGCCGGGUGAAAUGUCUUGGAAAUCCUGAAAGAGAAGGAAGUGUCAGCAUUGUAGGAGCGGUUUCUCCACCUGGUGGUGAUUUUUCUGAUCCAGUUACAUCUGCUACUCUUGGUAUUGUUCAGGUGUUCUGGGGCUUAGAUAAGAAACUAGCUCAACGUAAGCAUUUCCCCUCUGUCAACUGGCUGAUCAGCUAUAGCAAGUACAUGCGUGCCUUGGACGAGUACUAUGACAAACACUUCACAGAAUUUGUUCCUCUGAGGACCAAAGCUAAAGAGAUUCUGCAGGAAGAAGAAGACCUGGCAGAAAUUGUACAACUUGUGGGAAAGGCUUCUCUAGCUGAAACAGAUAAAAUCACUCUGGAGGUAGCAAAACUUAUCAAAGAUGAUUUCUUACAACAAAAUGGAUAUACUCCUUAUGACAGGUUCUGCCCAUUCUACAAGACAGUUGGGAUGCUGUCCAACAUGAUUGCAUUUUAUGAUAUGGCCCGGAGAGCUGUCGAAACCACUGCACAGAGUGACAAUAAAAUCACAUGGUCCAUUAUCCGUGAGCACAUGGGGGAGAUUCUCUAUAAGCUUUCCUCUAUGAAAUUCAAGGAUCCAGUGAAAGAUGGUGAGGCAAAGAUCAAGGCCGACUAUGCACAACUUCUUGAAGAUAUGCAGAAUGCAUUUCGUAGCCUUGAAGAUUAGAACUGUGAUUUCUUUCCUUCCUUUCCUCAGCAACCUCCUCUCAUGUGUAUAUUUUCCUAAAUUUCUCAUCUCUAAACCCUUUGCUUCUUUAUUGUUCAGCUUUGAGACUAGUGCCUACGUGUGUUAUCAUUUGUUUCCCUGUUUAUCUGGUAGGUCUUAUAUAAAACAAACAUUCCUUUGUUCCAGUGUUUGAAGGGCCUCCAUGAUCCUUUCUCCGAAGUGGUGAAUGUAGUAAAUAUGAUAUAUAAUGGCUACACUACUGUAAACUUGUCUGUAGGGUGACAUCCCUACUUGUCCUCGGUUUGCCCUUUCCUCCUCGCCUUUAAAUUGUAAACAGGACUACUGCAUGUACUCUCUUUGCAAUAGAUUUGGAAUGGAAGGCCAGAUUUCUAUACAUUUUGACAGGUACUUUGUGAAAUGACUCUAUCUAUGUGGUAAGGUUAUUUGCAGCUUAGCAUUUUGCUGAGUAACUGCUUUGCAGGAUAUAAUUGCCUUUUUCUAAAAACAUGAAUGAUUAAUGUUCCAAUUAUGCAUUGCUUUCCCCAGUAUAAAUCAGGAAUGUUUAUAGGAAACUGUUGGGAACUCUGCUGUUUUUAAAACAGGCAUUUGUGGGACUCAGCACAGUAUGUGAAUCAGUACCCUCUAAAAAAGUGGAAAAGGAGCCAGGUGGUCAAACUUAAACAUCAUCUUGUUAAAGCAUAUUUAUUUCACUAUGAAAAAUUCAGUAUCAAGGACUAUACUACUACAUUACUAAGAAAUUCUUUUUAAAAUCACAUUUAAAACAAUCACCGGAACUUGAUCCACAUCACACCCUUUCCUUUUUCUCAAACGUCUUAGAAGCCUGAGCUUCUAAGAAUCAUGUGGCAGUGGGAUGGGCAGUAAAAUGCCACAGAGAAGGUAUUCAGUAUGGUUAAAGGCUGUUUGCACCAUUAAGGACCAGCUGGACUGUAGUGAAAAUUGGGGCCAGAGUGGCAUUACGUUUUUACAAGGUAGAUAUGUGUCACGUGUUUGCAUGUUUGUUUGCUUAGUGAACUUUUGAACAACCAGUUUACCAGUUUACCAGUUACUGGUUCAAAAGAUUUCUCAGAAUAUCUGUAGCAAUAGCAGCAUAACAGUUUCCAUUCUGUUUAAUAGGGAGGAAAUUAAUUCUUAUAUCUGCUGAUGACAGAAUCUGGGUCAUGUGAGAAGAAAGAUAAUUUCAUCCUGUCUUUUCAGUAUAUGUUUUAAAAUAAUAAUUUCUGUGUCUGUGUAAGGCACACUACAGAACAGCUCUGAGAGCAACAGUUUCUCUAUUAACUCUUUCUGACCAACAGUGCUGGCACCAUUGCUUCCUCUUUGGGAAGAGGAAAGGGUAUGUGAAUAUGUCUAACAAUCUCAAAUACCCAAAUGUAAUAGCAUAAGUAAAGUAUUUAUUUUAUGCCUCAGUAUAUUAUUAUUUAAUUUUUAGGUAACGUAUUUCUUUUGGUCCGUUAAGGAAGGAUGCCGUGAGUAGAGAAUUCAGCUAUAGUUUGUUGAAAUCCUUGCAGAUUGCAUGUUUUUACAGUGGCUUGCUACUCAGGAUAGAUAUUCUUCCACGCAGCUUUUUUUUCUUAACCUUUCCGAAUAUUGGAAGAUAAAAAUUAUGCAGUGAUUUGUUGAGAUGCGGACUUAAUGGUGCUGCUUUAUCAGUUUGCUUCCAAUGUGGCCUCCUACCCAGAGGCCCUGAGACCAGUGGAAAUGAAAAGGAUUUCAAAAAUGUUCUAUUCCUACCUUAAACUGACCAGCAAACUAGGACCGUGAUAGUAAUGAAUGAUAUGAUGAAGAAAGUUUUACCAAGUUUGUUUUUUGUUGUUCUGAAUUUGCAAUGUAAUUCCUACUCCCUUUUAAGAAUGUUGAUGUAUGGGUGUGAAGAGGCUAGAGAUAGAAGAUGCUCUGCUAUUCAUUGUAAGUGUCCUUCAACCUAUAUGUUGUAGAAUUUCAAAUUGGUCACUGAUCAUAUUUCUUUGGUAAGAAUGUGUUAAAAUUACAACAAUCUUUUAAAAAGAUGAUGCAGUUCUAUAUUGUGCUAUGCCUGGUCCUAAGUGGAGCCAGUUAAACAAGUUUCAUAUGUAUUUUUCCAGUGUUAAAUCUCACACAUUGUACCCUUUGGAAAUUUCCUUCCAUCCUGAAGAACGAAUAGAAGAGGCCAUAUAUAUUGCCUCCUUAUCCUUGAGAUUUCACUAUCUUUAUGUUAAAAGCUGUGUAUAAUUGUUAAAAUCUAUGAAAGAAUAAAAAGUGGAUUUAAAUUAA